AAAGAUGUUAAGUACGCAAGUUCAACGAAAUCCUCCUUUUCUCCUCUUUUUAAUAUCAAAUUCACAUUUGCUCUCUGCAUAUACAUUUUACAGUAACUUGACCUUGGCAAACUGCUUGAAACCCUCGUUAUGGAAGGAAAACACACCACAGAUUUGCCGAUGGAAUCCCCAAAUUUGGAGCAAACCCGAUUGAAGAAAGGUACUUGGACUCGCGAAGAAGACGAGAAGUUAGUUGCGUAUGUUAGUAGUCUGGAUGGCAGAAAGAAUUGGAAGGAGAUUCCCAUAUUAGCUGGUUUAUCAAGGUCAGGGAAGACUUGCAAACUUCGCUGGUUGAAUUAUUUGAGUCCCGAUUUAAAACGUGGAAAGUUCACCGUGGAAGAAGAUCAAACGAUAAUCAGUCUGCAUUCGAUACUCGGAAAUAGAUGGUCUGAUAUUGCAAGACGCCUACCAGGAAGAACAGAUAAUAUUGUAAAAAAUCACUGGCACACCCACUUGAAAUUGGGUGCUGGUGAUGAUGAUGAUACUGCGUAUUCUAAGCAGAAUCAAAAUCAUCGUACUUAGUAAGCUUCAACUCUCAUGGAAUCUCAUCAAUGUCAUCAAAUUACUCGAGUCAUGUGACUACGUUACUUCCUAAAAAUAAAAGUAUGGACAUGGAGAGUAGUGGUUCAUUUGAAGUACCAUGAACCUCUCCAGUUUAAUGGUAUGUGUAUCAAAGGAGAAAUUUGUUAGUUGGUUAUCACAUGUGAUAUUCAUUAUAAGGUGUUUAUUACAUUUAUUA